AUCUAUUCGACGCCAAGUCUCGAUUACAAGGACCAUACCACAGUAGGCUGCCAAGCUUCUCUAGCAACUAAGCACAUGGAAACGCCUGAGAUGGUCGAUUUGGACUGGGAAGAUCUUGGGUUUGGCCUUGUCAAUACUGACUUUAUGUACUUAGCAAAAUGUGGGCCUGAUGGAAACUUUUCCAAAGGAGAAAUUCUUCCAUUUGGACCCAUUGCACUAAGCCCGUCUGCUGGAGUCUUAAAUUAUGGACAGGGCCUGUUUGAAGGCCUAAAAGCAUAUAGGAAAUCUGACGGGUCUAUCCUAUUAUUUCGUCCGGAGGAGAAUGCCGAAAGGAUGAAAAUUGGUUCAGAAAGAAUGUGCAUGUCGGCACCAACUGUUGAGCAAUUUGUGGAUGCUGUGAAACAAACCGUUUUGGCAAAUAAAAGAUGGGUGCCUCCUACGGCUAAAGGUUCCUUGUACAUCAGGCCGCUACUUAUCGGAAGCGGGGCUAUUCUUGGCCUUGCACCUUCUCAGGAGUACACCUUUAUUAUUUAUGUCUCCCCUGUUGGAAAUUAUUUCAAGGAAGGUUUAGCUCCUAUUAAUUUGAUUAUUGAAGAUAACUUUCACCGUGCUGCCCCUGGUGGAACUGGAGGCGUGAAAACUAUUGGAAACUAUGCAUCGGUGUUGAAAGCACAAACAAUUGCAAAGGAGAAAGGAUAUUCUGAUGUCCUAUAUUUGGAUGCCGUUCACAACAAAUAUCUCGAAGAAGUUUCCUCAUGCAAUAUAUUCGUUGUGAAAGGAAAUUCUAUUUCUACGCCAUCAAUAGAAGGAACAAUAUUGUCCGAUAUAACAAGGAAAAGUGUCAUAGAAGUCGCUGAGAGAAAAGGCUACAAGGUGGAGGAAAGACGGGUGUCGGUAGAUGAACUGCUUGAUGCUGAUGAAGUCUUCUGCACGGGAACAGCUGUUGUUGUUUCACCAGUGGGAAGCGUACUGUAUCAGGGGAAAAGGAUUGAAUACAACGGCGACCAAGGAGUCGGCAUGGUGUCGCAACAGCUAUAUACCUUGCUGACGAGCCUCCAGAUGGGUAAAUAUGAGGAUCGGAUGGGAUGGACCAUGCAACUAAAUUAG